UUAAGCACUUCCUGUCCAGCACAUGUACAUAAACGGCCGGACGGGAGCAGUGCAGGGGCGGGUGGCCGUUUAUAAACGUCCUCCCUGCUUGUGUGCGAGCUCCCUGGUAGCGCGCAGCACCACGAUCCGGUGCCCACUGUGUCCGGAGGACACAGCGGAACACCAAUCGUACAGGACCUCUGUGUGAGGUCCCGAUCAUGUGAUCACUGAUUGGCCAAUCCGUGAUCACAUGAAUAGUAGUAAGCAAGAUGUCACUUGCUGACAUCAUUGCUUACUACUUGUGAAAUCUAUGAAUGAUCACAGAGGUCACAUGGUACAAGGCUAUUCACAACAGCCUUGUACCA